AGCAUGCUAAGUGUACUCAAACUAGCACGAAAUUCUCACAAACCCUUGCUGCUAGGAUGUUAGACUGAGAGAGUGAGAGAUGGCGCUUCCCCCUGCACAUCCUCAACUGUUUGCCCAUGUCAAGUACUUCGUUACUGCUGAUGUGUCUGAUGAGAUAAAGGCUUUGCUAAAAGAAGGGGGAGCAAAGAAGGAAUUUUACGUAUCAGACCUUGUGACCCACGUGAUCACAGAAUCAGCUAACUUCUCUGAACGAGAAGACUGCUCUGACAAACUCACUGUUAAAUCAACAUGGGUGAAAUUAUCUCAUCAGAUGGGUUACCUCCUCCCAACUCAACCCUUUACUGUCUUCCCUGUCGGACUCUUCUCUGCCUACACUCUCACCACAUCAGGAAUAAAGGGAGACGACUACUACGCCGUGUGGAGUAUGGUACACUGGAACGGGGGAGUCCUGGCUCGGACCCUCUCUCAGAAAACUACUCACCUUAUUGUGGGAGCUCACCAGAGUCUGGUAAAGUACCGGGCUGCUGUAGCUAACAACAUUCCUGUGGUUGUGAUCGAGUGGUUGCUGGACAGCAUUGAACGGGGAACUGUGCUUCCUACUGACCAGUACAUUCUGCACAUCCCAGGAUACACACCGCCCCGUGCCGCCGCGCCUCCCACCCCUACCAUCCCCUCCAUCCCCACCAUCCCCUCUCCGCGUGUCUCCCAGUCUCCUCGACUCAACCCUCUAGUUCCACCCUCUCCUCUCCUCGCACCCACCAUCAGUUCUCCUACCCUCACUUCUCCUGAUACCAAGGAGGAGGAGAAGACUACUACGAGGAAGAGACCUCCCAAGAAGAAUAAUAAGAAGAAGAAAGAUGCUAAUAAUAAUAUGAACAUGUUCCCUAUGACGCCUGCUAUGAUAGGUCAGGCGGGAGUGCCUUACCCCCACACUCCCUCACCCCUCCCUCCAACUCCCUCUCCUCACACCCCCAACACUGUGUCUCCUGACAGGUUUGGGCUCCAGCAGCAGUCGCCAUACAUGAUGGCUAACUCAGCGCAGUACAUGCAGUUCCAACAAGCUCAAGCACAAGCGGCGCAAGGGGGUAUGGUGAGGUUGGGAUACCCACCAGGAGGCCCAGCUGGGGCAGCUAACAGACAGCAGUGGAACAAUAUACAGUACCAGCAGCAGAUGAUGGCUCAACAGCAGAAACAAGGAUACUUCGGACCAGGCCAGUACCCGGGUCAGAUGCCCCCAGGUUACCCGGGACGGAAUACCCCCACCAGCUACCCACCCAACACGGCCAUGUUCCAACAGCAAGUCCAACAACAACAAGCAGCACAAGCACAACAAGCACAGGCUGCUCAACAACAAGCUCAGCAGCAGCAGCAGCAACAAGCUGCUACCCAGCAACAGCAUAACCAGACCCUGGCUAAUCAGGCGUUGAAAGCAGCCCCUACCCCACCACCUGAGGUAACCGAGGAGAAGGAAACCAGAUACCAGACUCUGAAGAAUUGUACUCUCAUGUUGAUAGAUUAUCCCGAGUAUUACAGCAAGGACAUUAUCAACAAAUGGAGGAUUGUAAUAGAGGAGCACGGCGGAGAGAUAGCUAACUACUACAACCCUGAGUUUGUAACCCACGUGAUAUGUAUGAGCAGGAUGAGUGAUAUCUACAAGCGUGCGUUAGAAGAUGGUAAGUGCGUUACAACAGCACACUGGCUGAACGAUGUUGUGAUCGGUAAAGAAUACAUGAUACCCCACAAUCCGCUACACAUACCAACACAGUUCAAAACAGGGUUACCAGACUGUUCAAAGAUGAAGAUAUCUGUAACGGGAUACGAGGGAAAAGAGAGGAUUUACGUGAAAGAUAUGAUCCGAGUUAUUGGGGCUGUCUACACCGGGGAGCUUAGCCAGCAAAACACGCACCUUAUCUCCCGUAAAACUGAAGGUCUAAAGUACACUAAAGCUCAGAAGUGGGGUACUAAAGUUAUCAGCGCUAGAUGGCUCUCUGACAUAGUCCUCUAUGGUGUGGUUAGCGUCACUACUGAGAAGAAAUACACAGCUCUUGGUGACCCUAAAGAGAUGAUUCUACACGAAUCUGUGAUGCCCAAACUUAUCGAAUGUUGGCACAACUUCAACCAGAAAGACCCUAAACCUGUCUCUAAAUUCAAGUCACCUGUUAUAUUGUUUACUGGACUACCGAGUGACAAGAAUCAGAAACUUACUCAAAUGAUAAAGCGAAUGCGCUGUACGUUGACAACAGACGUCAGGGAAGCGACACACUUGAUAACCUGUAAAAUAGUCCGUACUGUCAAGUUCCUGUCGGCCAUGUCACAGUGUAGUUAUAUCCUGACUGCCUCUUGGAUUGAACAGAGUUGCAAUCGGAAGAUGUUGAUAGACGAGAGCAGCUUCAUUCUGGAAGAUAAAGAAAACGAGCAAGCGCUUGGUUUCUGUGUUCGAGAUAGCUUAACUAAGGCUCGGCUCAACAAGGUUUUCAAAGAUUGCGAACUAUUCCUGACGCCCCACAUCCAGCCUGGCCCGCGGGACAUGAAAACUAUAAUCGAAUGCGGCGGUGGCUCGGUGAUAACUGAAGACCAGGCCCUUGGUAGAGUCCAGGUUCCUGCUGAGAGGAGAAAACCAUUUUAUGUGGUAUCAUGCUCAAGUGAUCAGAUGAUUUGUCAGCAGUUUUACCAGAAAGAGGUUCAGAUCUACACCUCCGAGUUCGUGCUCUCCGCAGCACUAACCCAACAAGCUGACUUCGACAGUAACAAGCUGUUUGUUCAGGAUUACAGGCCAGAGGAGAACAGUGGUGGAAGCUAGAUCACCAUAGCACGUGACAUUAUAUAGAUGUAUCACCUGACUUGAAACACGUGAUUAUGAUUUAGUUCACGUGACGUUCAGUUUAGUCACGAGAUCAUGAUGAUUCUGAUCGACUUUGAUUGUUUUCUCGCAUCAUCACGGGUUGUUUUUACUUUGCAGUAGAGAAAGAACGGUAGACAUUUUUACAGAAAAUAGUAAUUGAGUUCAGUUUGUUGGCCAACUGAAAUAGCUUAGUUGGUAAAUCUAAAUUAUUGUUUUAUCAUUACAGGCAGGCCUGUGUCAUGCUUUUUUUGAUAAUAUUAUUAAUCGUGUUUUAACUUUGAAAAACCUCCGAAAUUUCACGCUUAUUUACAGGGGACAAACAAUGACUAUUUUUCUUAUCUAUUUUCUUGUAUUUCCCCAUUCUUCAUUUAUUCGUGAUCGAGUGAGAAUUGAAAAAUUCUAUUAUAUGUCUUUGUUAAUAUAAUAAUAUAUUUGUGUAUUUGAUUAUUUUA